CGGAAGCGCUGUCAUCCUGGAACUCAGACGGCAAUGAUGGCGGCCUUCAGUGUGGCUCGGAGCAGUUGCGGACUAAUACACGGGCUAAGGACUUCUUUCAGGAGUUUUUCGCCGGUGAAAUAUGGAGCAGUCGCUGCUCCAGUCCCGCAGACUAACCUGCUCCGGGACUGCCGGUGGUAUUGUUCCAGCCACCUGUCCGUUAAGGAGAGGAUUGACAAGAAACGUAAGGCGGCGCUUGUCGGCGGAGGUCAGAAGAGAAUAGAUGCACAACACAAAAGGGGUAAGCUGACAGCGAGGGAGCGAGUUCAGCUUCUGUGUGACCCUGAUUCCUUUGUGGAGACGGACAUGUUCGUGGAGCAUCGCUGCUCUGACUUUGGCAUGGAGCAGGACAGGAACAAGUUCCCCGGUGACAGCGUGGUGACAGGCCGAGGCAGGAUCAACGGCAGGCUGGUUUAUGUGUUCAGUCAGGACUUCACAGUGUUUGGUGGCAGUCUGUCUGGAGCGCAUGCACAGAAGAUCUGUAAGAUUAUGGACCAAGCCAUGACAGUUGGAGCCCCAGUCAUUGGGUUGAACGACUCCGGAGGAGCUCGGAUCCAGGAAGGAGUGGAGUCCUUGGCUGGAUAUGCCGAUAUUUUCCUGAGGAAUGUGCUGGCUUCAGGAGUUGUCCCUCAGAUCUCCAUGAUCAUGGGUCCCUGUGCAGGAGGCGCUGUCUACUCCCCCGCCCUGACAGAUUUCACCUUCAUGGUUAAGGACACAUCGUACCUUUUCAUCACGGGGCCUGAUGUUGUGAAGUCUGUCACCAACGAAGACGUGACUCAAGAACAGCUGGGUGGAGCUAAAACACACACAACUGUGUCUGGAGUGGCUCACCAUGCGUUCGAGAAUGACAUUGACGCCUUACUCAACCUGCGAGAGUUCUUCAACUUCUUACCACUAAGCAACCGAGACCCCGCACCCAUCAGGGAGUGCCAUGACCCCAGUGACCGUUCAGUACCUUCAUUGGACACCAUCGUCCCAGAUGAGACGACUAAAGCUUACGACAUGUUGGACAUCAUUCAAGCAAUCGUGGAUGAGAGAGACUUCUUUGAGAUUAUGCCCAGCUAUGCAAAAAACAUCGUGGUGGGAUUCGCCCGCAUGAACGGACGAACUGUAGGCAUCGUUGGUAACCAGCCCAAAGUGGCGUCUGGUUGUUUGGACAUCAACUCCUCAGUGAAGGGAGCCCGCUUUGUACGCUUCUGUGACGCUUUUAAUAUUCCCAUCAUCACUUUUGUUGACGUUCCAGGCUUCCUGCCAGGUACCGCUCAGGAGUACGGAGGCAUCAUCAGACACGGAGCCAAACUGCUGUAUGCUUUUGCAGAGGCUACAGUCCCAAAAAUAACCAUCAUCACCAGGAAGGCUUAUGGAGGAGCCUAUGACGUCAUGAGCUCCAAACACUUGAGAGGAGACGUGAACUACGCCUGGCCCACAGCUGAGGUUGCUGUGAUGGGUGCUAAGGGUGCCGUGCAGAUCAUCUUCAGAGGAAAGGAGAACCAGGCUGAAGCUGAGGCUGAAUAUGUGGAGAAGUUCGCCAACCCCUUCCCAGCUGCUGUCAGAGGUUUCGUGGAUGACAUCAUCGAGCCAUCGAGCACUCGUAAGAAGAUCUGCAGAGAUCUGGAGGUGCUGGCCAGCAAACAGCAGGUCAACCCCUGGAAGAAACACGCCAACAUUCCUCUGUGAAACUCUUCCCAUUGACACUAACUAAAGGCACUCACUUUGGCGUUCCCCAUUCAGAUGAACUGCAGUGGUCCCCUGUGAUAACUACCUGCCUGCUAAGCAGAUUAUGUUGUCAUAUUUUACAGUUAUUUACCACACAAAAAUAUCAGAACUCUUUAAACAAAGUCAGCGUAUGUGUCUUUGUCUUUCUUCUUCAUAUGCAAAAUGUUUAAAGGAACAUCCUGACACAUUUCACAGUGUUGGUCACACACCACAUUAAAGCCAAUCCACUAUCAGUACUGGCCAUAUUGGUCACUGUUAGGUAUGGGUUGACAUAUAAGAACAAGAUGUAUCUGAAAGAUCAGAUAAGGUAUUGCCAGUGAACGCAGGCACUCGCCACAAUGUUAGGACAGAUAGAUGAUGCAAUACUGUAUGUAGCCUCUUCCACAGUGAAUAAUGUACUGUAUUUAGGUCUUGUUUUUGUCUGCUGUGUACAGUAGUUUGUACUAUCAGACGCACUCCUGGCAUUUGAUGUCUUCUAUUAAGGUCAAGAAAAAUCAUCCCUACACCCUGAAACUGUGCCUUUCUCUCUGGCAGGCUCUGCUCUGCUGUUUGUGAAAUAAAUCACAGACUUCAA